GUGGCAAGUCUGGCGUCGUUUGCUUGCUACUCAACCAUGAAGAAUCAGUAGUGAUAAACACGAACGGCGUCACACCCACAUCCGCAGCAGAAUACAGCACGAGGUGGCGUCAAACAGGAAAAUGUUUUCAUGGGUUUGUCCUUAAUUCUUGAUCCACCAAGCAAGCCCAACCGAUGAAGCUUCGUAAAUUAGAUCUAAAAUCAACGUCCACUGACUAAAUGUAUUCAUGCUCGACACAUUUUAAUGGUACAAAUAUAUAUCUAUUCAUCUAAUAACCUUGAUUAUAAACAAUCGUUCAGUUAUGACAUCACACUUUCUAUGAAUGAAUGACAUCUCUGAGAGCCUUGCUAUAUGAAAAAUAGUCUAUCAGGCGAGUGAAUUCAUUCCCUGACUCGUCGAUGAUCGAUAAUCUUGAACUUGCUACAGUUACAAGUCAAAGCCACAUCGAUUGAGAAAGCUUGAGACUGAUGAAUGCAGUAUCCUCGAAGCCGCAGAGUGCGAUCCAGCCAAAAAGAAGUGGUCCUCUCUCACCCCRUGUGUCAGUUGUCCAUCCCGCAUGUUCUCCAGCUAUGAUGUACAAUUUCAGUAUAGCAGACAUCGUUGGUUAUUUGUUUAACCAUUCUGAAAUGAAAGGCGUGAAUAUUGAUGAGAAGUUGGCGCCUUCGGAUAACACUAAUUCGUUGGAGAAUGACUGUGCUGCGUGCAGUGAACACCCAAAUGGUAAAUGCUCUAAGCACAAACACCUGGAAACCCUACGAAUUCUUAAAAACCCCGAGUUAAAAGAUCAAUUGAGUACCCCGCGGGCGCUGAAUUCAUUUCCUCCUGAAGUCGAGCUGUGUACGUCCAGUGUCCCCGGUAAACGAUAUGGUGUCCGGGCUUUGCAGAACAUUCCAGAAGGAACGUGGAUAGGGCCGUAUGAAGGGAAACACAUCAAACCUGAAGACCUAACUCCCGAUGUGGACACUUCGUACAUGUGGGAGAUUUUUCAAGACGGAAAGUUAGUUUUCUACCUGGACGCUAGUGACGAAAACCAAUCAAGCUGGAUGCGUUAUAUCCGUUGUGCUCGUUACAAAGAUGAGCAGAACACUUCAGUCAUGCAGUACUUUGGCAACAUCUACUACAGAGUAUUCAAAGACAUUCCUCCUAGGCAAGAGAUACUUGUUUGGUACGACGACUCCUGUCCUCAUUAUCUUGGCAUUCCACUCAAGAUGCAAGAUAUUGGGGCAUCUUCCUCUUAUAAUUCACGUGCAGUCGUUACAACUUCGGAAGCCAUAACUGUCCCCAGUAUUACUCAAGGAACAACUACCACAGGAAACCCACCUACAACAAUUACUUCACAACCAAAAAUAAUAUCACCAAUGCUGAUGACUCAUCGCCAACUGGAUUACCCGUAUCAAUACCCGUUACCAGCUGUAGCAAGACCACAGGUCUUGUUGUCUGGAUAUGCACCUCUUCUUCCCCCUAAUGGAUAUGACUUUAUUAUACCAAGCACGACUAACUACAACUCGAAUCAUCUACGAAAGCAUGACGACACUUCUCCGAAAACUUCCUUAUAUAGUAAGAGUGUUUUAAGUUCAAGUUACRAAAAUGGAUCAACAAACACCAUCAUGACAAACUGUAUCACUAACAAGCCUUUCAUUUCUUAUCGAGCAAAGCCCUACUCACGUGACCUACCGAUUAACCAAUCAAAGACAACUCACUUACGUGAAGUAGAAGUUGACCAAUCAAAGAACACGUCGAAUCAUUUCAAAGCUAAUACUAACGACCUUGAUCAAAAUGGCAACAUUGAGAAUAGACUGUAUGACAAGGAAUAUUAUCACCGUCAAAGAUUGAUUAUGAAUUCCACCGACAGGACGAUCGAUAAAUUUCUUUCUCAAAUCGAGGAAGCAAGAAAUGAACAGAAAAAGGAAAAACAAGACGAGCACAUACAGGAGGGUAACAAAGAGUUCAAUUCCUCCAAAAAGGUUGACAACGACUUAGAACAACCCGAAAUAAGUAUCUGGAAAUGCGGGCAGUGCGAGAAAGCCUUUGCCCAGCAGCAAAUACUCCAACUUCACAUUUGUUCCAGAGUUCCUGAGAAACCUUAUCAAUGUACGUAUUGCCCAGAAGCCUUUGCGCAACCAAGCGAGUUGCGCACGCAUGCUGUGAUACACAGCGGCAAAAAGCCCUUUAAGUGCGGGUUUUGUUCAAGGUUAUUUGCAGGCUCAACUACGCUCAAUAAUCAUAUCAGAACACAUACUGGUGAAAGGCCCUUUGGAUGCGAAAAGUGUGGACGCGCUUUUUCUCAGGCGUCACAACUCAGUAGGCAUCGUAGAACAAUGUUUGAAUGCACAUCGCCCAAAGUCCCAGCCAAAAGGGUUCACGACAAAUCCGUAGAAGAAGAAGAAGAAGAAUCUUAUUCUAGGAAGCGGUUGAUGUCUGCUGAUGAGUUUUGCUUCUCCUUUGACGAUCUCAACCGCCAGCUUUACAGCAAACACAGCAAAAACGACGAAAUAGUUGAAGAAAAUCAAAAAGUCCCAGAUGAACUUGGCUUCUGUUUCUGGUGCGAUGCCAAGCGCUUCCAAGGAGAUUUCAAAUGCCCUUACCACGAAAAUGGAACUAAGUCGUCACUAAAGAAGACAGCUCCCCACAACAAGCCAACCAAGCUACCCUACGCAUACCAAGCAAUUCCAGAUACCCUGAAGUUGUUCAAGACAAGCACAGCUGAUGAAGAGAAAAUCGGAAUCCAGGCUGCCAAGUCCAUUCCUGCCGGUGCGUGGAUUGGACCAUAUGAAGGAGAGCUUGUGAAACUUGAUGGAAGAAUUCCUGUAAAAAAGAAUGAAUAUAUGUGGGAGAUUUUCAAGGAUGGUAAACUUUAUGGUUACGUAGAUGGAAGUGACGAGAACACAGCCAGUUGGAUGAGGUUUAUUCGGUGCGUGCGGAACGAGGAAGAACAGAACCUCUACGCCUUCCAGUACAUGAACAAGAUAUACUAUCGCACGUAUAAAACCAUUGAACCUGGCCAGGAAUUAUUGGUUUGGUAUGACCAGAUGUACACACAGUAUUUGAAAGGAUCUGGUAAUGACUGCAAGAGUAUGAUUGAGGUGGCUUUCUCUGAGAAAGGUGACUCCCUAGUACCAAACGGUUAUACACCGGUAUCCAAGUCAACCAAUGACAAUACAGAACAAAUAAUUAGUCUUAACUCGGAAGCUGCCAAAACGUCCCCAUCAACACCCCCAUCACAAUUAUCAAUGCCGAUAAAUUCAAGUCUUCAGAUGCAAACAAAUUUUCGGCGAAUUGGGGCCUUGAUAGCAUCACCUACCAAAUCAUCAGGCCAAGCAACAAGUGGUGAGGUUUCAACAAGACAAGACCAACUGAAGGCAUCUUCCAACUCUCCCUCGAUAAAGAAGCCCAUUGCUCUUUCAUCCAGAGGAUUUUCGUUGAAAACAACCAAUGGUCAUGUUACAAGCCCUACAAAGCCCACCCCUCUGAGUAACAGAAGUGCAUCACCAACGUUAACUUCUGCCGUCGUUCCAAGCCCAACUUCAUCAAUCAGUCCAUCGACGCCAAGCUCCAAUGACAGCGGCUUCUCAUUUGAGACUACGUCAGACGAAAACUCGCACAAAGCUGAAUCUAACGAGACAACUAUAUGGAAAUGUGGUCAGUGUAGAAAGACGUUUCCCCAACGAGCGAUGCUGCAAGUUCACGUCUGCUCACAAGUUCCAUUUCGUCCUUAUCGAUGCGGACACUGCAACGAAAGCUUCUCCAGUUCCGGAGAGAUGCGCACGCAUGCUGUCAUCCAUCAGAGAAGAAAACCAUUUAAGUGUGGAUACUGUUGUCGUUCGUUCUCGGGUGCCACGACGCUCAAUAACCAUAUCCGCAUACAUACCGGAGAAAAGCCAUUCAGAUGCGAAAAAUGCGGGAAACAUUUCUCUCAAGGAUCGCAGCUCAGUAAACACGAAAAAAUCCCAGGAGAUUGCUUAUCAAAGUAACUGAUAUCUAACAAGGAACAAACUAUGAUAUUUCAGAGAAUGUGCCUAUAGAUACAAGCACGUAAACCCAAUGAUAAACUACCAAGGUUUUAUUGUAAAUAGGCUUACUAUCAUACUUCGCCUUACCCUAAAAAUAUCAACAAUUUAAGGACGUUACAAAGUGYGAAAGUUGCAGCCACGAUUGAUUUGUAAUUUUAAUUAGAUUAAGCCAGAGUCAACUAAUUUAGUUAAAUAUUACAAAAGUUUUAGAAAAUGUUUAAAAAGAAAAGUUUUAGGCUGUUAUCUAGAAAGUCAUUUUUGACAUCCUUUUUAGAUUUUGCCUUAUUCUUUGUUCUUAUUAUUUUCAAACGGCCCAAAGGAGGUGGCUAAUCAUUGAACCCCCUGGAUCUGCCCUUGAAAUCACACAUCCUACGAGGAUUUGAAAGGACAAGUAAUCUAGUAAAGAGGCCAAGAAAAUAAUUAGCCUCUUGAGAUUUUUGAAUAUAUACAUAUUCAGUUUUUAUGUUAGUUAGAUUUAAGGGCGAAAAUCGUCCGCAUGAACGGUGAAACAACCGAUCUAGUUGGGCGCUGUAUGUAGAUGUUCAUUGCCCUGACUUAUGCAAGUUCACAAUAGUCAAAAUCUGUACAAACAGAUGUGUUACAUUUUCAACUAUAAAUAUAUAUAUAAUAAAUUAAAC